AUGGCCAGUGUUGAUGCAAGUCGUCUACCGCAUCAAGACGACUUCGGUCAGAUGUACUGCGGACGGCGGCUGGCAUCGGCACUGGCGUUGCUAUGCGAGGGGGUGCCGCAGACGAUGCUGGUGAAGAGAUCGGGGGAAUUCUCGCAGCAGGGGACGUGGCCUUGGCCGUGGCUGUCGGCGCAACGCGCGCGCUCUCUCCACAGGAACAAGCGGCAGACGGUGGUCGCCGAGUGCUGCGACAAGCCGUGCACCAUCGACGAACUAACCAACUACUGCUGA